AUGACUGGCAGAGAAAUCCUACACAAGAUGAAGGAAAAAGUUGGAUUAGGUUCUUCUCCAGAUUCUGGAAAGGGCAAGAGUAAGAUGUCGAAGCACAUAACACAUGGCUUUCACUUAGUAAAGGGGAAAUCACAUCAUGACAUGGAAGAUUAUGUUGUUGCUCAAUUUAAGGAAGUCGGGGAAAACGAGCUUGGCUUAUUUGCAAUAUUUGAUGGUCAUCUGAGCCAUAUUAUUCCUGAUUAUUUGCGGUCUCAUUUGUUUGAAAAUAUCUUAAAGGAGCCAGACUUCUGGACACAGUCAGAAAAUGCUGUGAGGAGAGCAUAUCGUAUAACUGAUACUACAAUUUUGGAGAAAGCAGGUGAUUUGGGUAAAGGAGGUUCGACGGCUGUCACAGCAAUACUAAUUAACUGUCAGAAACUGGUGGUAGCAAAUGUUGGUGAUUCUCGAGCUGUUAUCUGCAAGAAUGGUGUGGCCAAACAACUAUCGGUUGAUCAUGAGCCAAGUAUGGAAAGGGAGGACAUUGAGAACAGAGGUGGCUUUGUAUCAAACUUUCCAGGUGUUUGA